GUGAGAAGGGUUUGUUGUUGUUGUUGUGCGCCGCUUUUGCUUUGCAUUUGCCCGUUGCUGUUGUUCGUUGCUGCAGUGCAAAGAAGAGGGGGGUGACGUGCUGUGUGACGAACAUAAGUUCAAGAGCAGAGCACAGAGCACAGAGCAGACAGCACCACGCGCCAGAAGCGCAACCACAGCAGGUGCUGGCAUUUGUGUUGUUUGACAAAGCACCAUGGCUGAGGUUGACGAGGCCUUUGUUGAGAAGAGCGAGGAUCUCGCCUCGCUCACCAAGCUCGACGAGCAGAUUAUGGUGAACCAGCUCCACCAUCGCUACGACAACGACGACAUCUACACGUACAUUGGUGACAUCCUUGUCGCCGUCAACCCGUUUCGUCCACUGACCAUCUACACGCCUCAGUGGCAACACCGCUACCGCAAUGCGGCCAAGUCUGAGAACCCCCCACACAUCUACGCCAUUGCGGACUGGUCGUAUCAUGGCAUGCUCUCCUCCGGGCGUGACCAGUGCUGCGUCGUCAGUGGGGAAAGUGGUGCGGGCAAGACCGAGUCUGCCAAGUUUCUCAUCCGCCACAUCACAGACCUGUGCCAUAUUGACGGCGACGACGCUGUCUCCCUCGAAAAGCGAAUCUUGCAGGUCAACCCACUGCUGGAGGCGUUUGGAAAUGCGCAGACCAUUAUGAACGACAACUCGUCUCGCUUCGGCAAAUACACAGAGCUCGUCUUUGACGUCGACGGACACAUCCUUGGAGCAAAAAUCUCCGAGUAUCUUCUCGAGAAAAGUCGCGUUGUUCGCCAGGCAUCAGACGAGCAGAACUUCCACAUCUUCUACUACCUCUUCUCCUCUGGUGAUGCGACGCGGCUCUCGCUGGAGGACGCGGGAGCGUUUGAGUAUCUCUCCAACAUCGAUGGCGUCGACUACGAUAACGAGGCCAUGUUCAAGGAGGUCCUUGCUGCAAUGUAUGAUGUCGGCUUCUCAAAGCAGGAGCAAGAGGACAUCUUCUCGCUUCUGGCAGCGAUCCUGCACCUCGGCAACGUCCAGUUCUCCUCUUCCGGGUCGCGGGAGGUAGCGCGUGUGGACGAGGAGUCGAUUGAGGUACUGCAGACGGUGGCGUCGCUGCUGGGCGUGGACGUGGACAAGCUCAAGCAGUCGCUGGAGGUGUCGAUCAACAUCACCCGCGGCGAGGUCAUCAAGAAGCAGUACAACAUCGCAACCGCUUACGACGUGCGGGAUGCUGCGGCAAAGGCAGUGUAUGGCCGACUGUUUUCGUGGCUGAUUGUGCAGAUCAACCGCCUCCUGGCUCCAGAGAAGCGGCGGGUCGCCGCAAAGAACACCAUCGGCAUUCUUGAUAUCUUUGGCUUUGAGAACUUUGAUGUCAACAGCUUUGAGCAGUGGUGCAUCAACCUCGCCAACGAGCAGCUCCAGCACUUCUUCAACCAGCACGUGUUUGAGCUGGAGCUUGAAGAGUACACAAAGGAAGGCGUGGACACCAUCAACAUCUCCUAUGUGGACAACACGCCUCUCCUUGAACUGCAUCUCUCCAAGCCAAUGGGGCUGUACGCUCUUCUCGAUGAAGAGGCCAUGUUUCCAAACGCCUCUGACGAUUCUCUCGUGCAAAAGUUCCUGACGGUGCACCAGGACAGCGCGAUUGUCGUUGCGCCGAAAGGGAACGAGGCUGUGUUUACCAUCAAACACUACGCCGGUGACGUCGUGUACACGGGAGACACUUUCCUGGAGAAGAACAGAGACAGCUUGUCGCCGCUUGUUGUUGAGGCCUUCCAGGAGAGUACGCUUGAGCUGCUGUCAUCCAUCUUCCUGAGCCAGGUCACCAGUACGGGCCGCUUAGAUGUCUCUGCCUCGGACAAGAAGAAGAGCACCACCACUGCCACCGCUCGCCGCACAUCUGCAACGGCUUCCUCCACCCCCUCCUCCAAGACCAACACGGCCCACCGCCGCGCCCCGACCGUUGGCCGCCAGUUUACGCACUCCCUCCACCUCCUGGUGGAGAAAAUGUCCGCAUGUGUUCCGCAUUUCGUGCGCUGCAUCAAGCCAAACACGGGCAAGGCCGCAUACAACUUCCAGGACGAUUUCGUCAUGGUCCAGCUUAACUACACAGGGAUGCUUGAGACCACACGCAUUCGCCGCGAGGGCUACUCCGUUCGCCCAAAGUUUGCAGACUUUGUCAAGCGGUACAAGCUGCUUGCCUUUGGCGUCACUGCCAACCCAACCGCGGACGCAAAUGCCUGCAGGCAGAUCCUCGAAGCAAGCAAGAUCUCCACCUAUCUCAUGGGCAAAACGCGCGUGUUUUUGAAGUACUUUCACGUGGACGAGCUUGACGAGCUGCUCAUUGAACACCACCGCAAGGCCAUCGUCAUGCAAAAGGUGCUGCGCGGGUUCUCUGCGCGUGUUGCGUUUGCAAAGCUGAAGAAGCGGGCGGAAGAGCAGAAGAAGGAGCUAUCAAAGUUCAUGGAGAGGAUUGGCACCGUGGCCGAGCGCAUGUACACCACCCAGCGCGCCAUGUGCGAAUACGACGUCAAGGUCAAGCACGACCGCGCGCUGCAAGAGGAGCAGCGGCGGCGAGCGGAGGUUGCGCGCAAGCAGGAGGAGCUGCAGGCCAAACUCGACCUGGAGCGGCAGGAGCAAGAGCAACAGAUGCAGCGAGUGAAGCACGAGCUUGACCUCGCGCAGCAGCAGCAGGAGACGCUCAAGCGCGAGCUGGACGAGCUGCUCAAGGUGAAGGAGUACUCUGAGCAGCGGCAGAAGCAGCAGGAGGAGAUGGUCCGAGUCCUCGAAGAACAACUCAGAGAACAGCAGGAGGAACUCGAGGCUCAGCUUGAGGACCAGGGCGGCAUCAUCUCGUCGCUCAAGCAGGAUCUGCGCGAGCGGGAGGCCGACCUCAACAGCCAGCUCGCCGAGCGCGAAGGCAUGAUCCGCGACCUGACGGCCAAGGUGGAGCGCGGCACGGAGGCGCAGAAGUACGCGUCGGAAAUGAAGACCAAGCUGCGCGACCAGGAGUCGGAGCUGGAGACGUCGCGCACGCACAUCAGCAGCCUCUCGCGCAAGCUCGAGUCGCAGGUUGACCUGCUCGAGACGACCAAGGCGGCGUACGACAAGACGGUGAAGCGGCUGAACGACCUGCUGGUGCAGAAGGAGAGCAUCACGGGGGAGGUGCGCAAGGAGCUUGAGCAGACGAAGAAGACGAAGCAGCAGCUGGAGCACGAGCUUGAGAAGGCCAACGAGAAGGUGGCGGCGCUGCAGCAGCAGCUGGCGGAGCGCAUGGAGUACAUCUCGCGGCUGGAGAUAGAGCUCGACUCGCACCAGACACUGCUCAAGCGCACGCACGACGAGGCGCAGGAGGAGACGAGCAAGCUGCGGGCGCGGCUGGCAGAGGCCGAGGGCAAGGUGAUGGACCUGACCCACCAGCUGGAGCGCGAGGCAUCCAACGUGAACAUGCUCAAGGCCGACAGCGAGGGCCAGGUGGCGCAGCUGCAGUCCACGCUGCAGGAGAAGCAGAGGACGAUUACGGAGCAGCGGGACGAGCUGGAGCGCAUGCAGCGGGAACAGGACACGCGCGUACGGGAGCUGCAGGAGAAGCUGCACGCCGCCAUGAUGGAGAACACGGAGAAGGUGUCUGAGCUGCAGCUGCUUGUGCAGCAGAAGGAGGCGCAGGUGAAGCGCGCACAGUCUGAGAAGGAGCAGGCACUGGUGGACCUGCAGAGCAAAGCAGAGAGCGGCGAGGCGGAGGCGGCGGCGCAGCUUCGCUCGCAGCUGCGCACGGUGACGGCCCAACUUGACGAGAAGGAAGCCGAGCUGCUUCGCAUGGAGAGCAGGAUGAAGGCGCAGCAGUCGCUGGCGGACCUGACGCGGGAGGACCACGAGAAGAUGGUGGCGGAGAUGAAGCGCAUGAUGGAGGCGAAGGACAAGAUGCUGCGCCAGCGCCACGAGGAGGGCGACAAGACCGUGCAGGACCUGGAGAAGCGCCUUCGCGCCGCCAAGAAGGAGAACGAGCACAAGCUGAUUGAGGCCGAGGAGGAAGUCUCGCGCCUCAAACUGCAGCUGCGGCAGAAGGAGACCCACCUCGCCAACGAGGCUGCCGAGCGCGAGCACGCGCUUGCCGCUGCCGGCAGCCGCACGCAGGCGGUGGAGGCUGAGCUGGAGGCCACCAAGGCGCGGCACGCGAGCGCAGAGGCGCAGCUGCGGGACAGCCAGGCAGAGGUGACGCGGCUGCAGGAGAAGCUCGACCAGCAACACGGCGUGCUGCUGUCAACCAAGUCGGCGCACGAGACGAUUGUGCAGGAGCUCGGUACCGUGCGCAGGGACGCGGAGGACACGCUGCGGGAGGCGAAGCGGCAGCACGAAGACGAGGUUGCACAGCUCAACUCGCGCGUGCAGCAGCUGCAGGCGGAGCUUGAGGCGAUGCAGACAGACAACGCAGCGCGCGUGGCGCGGCAGCGGGAGCAGAUGGAGGCCGAGCACGAGGCACUGCGCCGGCAGCUCACUCAGCGGGAGCGGCAGGUGUCUGAGCUGGAGAUGGACGCGCACAAGAAGGACGCGCAGAUCAAGGACUUGAGCUCGUCGCUGGAGGAGACGAGCGAUGAGCUGGCGCAGGUGCGGGAGGCGAAGGAGAGGGUGGACGAGGAGAUUGCGCGCAUGCAGGCUGAUCUGCAGGAGGCGCGCAAGGAACAGGCCAACCUCAACUCCGAGAAGGAGCGCACCAAGCAGAUGGCAAAGGAGAAAAUGGGCGAGAUGGAGGCCAAGCUGCGUGAGCACGAAGCGCAUAUGCGCCAGACACAGUCGCGCCUUGCGUCGGCCAUCCGCACAUACGGCCGCAAACGCACCAGCAACAAGAACAGAUCCGAUGUCGACGUUGACCUUGAACGGUACAUGAUGCUGGUGCGCAAGAAGGAGCCAAUGCCGCUUGGUAUUGAACUCUCGCGCUUCAAGUGCAAAGGAAGCGUGGCUAAGAUGACUGGCAGCCACUGGGAGCACCGGUGCCUGGUGUUCAACCUGCAAGACUCGGCCAUUCUCGUGUACGAGGACGAGAAGGAGCUGCGCAGCCGCAUCAAGACGCGCGUGCCCAUGUCCGAGAUUAUGAACGCGGACAUUCCAAAGUCGAAGCAGAUGCAGGCCUCCCACGAGUUUAUUGUGCGCUCGACCAAGCGCGAGUACCACUUCCGCGCCAGCUCGCGGGAGCACCGUGACGUGUGGGUGCGCGUGAUCAACACCGUGUCCCCCACAGGUGGGUCCCCGCCACCCACGCGCCGCAACCUCUCCCGUACGCGCACGCCAUCGCGACCCGCGUCUUCCAUUCGCCGUCGCAACUCCAUCCAGCGCCGUGGCUCCAUCUCCGCCCGCCCAGCAAAGUGACGUGGCAGUCCCUGCCGCUGUUGCUGUCGGGGGGGGGGUGCCGGCUGUGGUGUGGCUGUGUUGUAUCGACAGCACCAGCACGCGUCCCGUCGAAAAUGGCUCAGCAAGUACACGCAUGAACCCCAUCGACGGCAACUUUGCUUUCUGACACUCCAUCAACACCAACUCCCACUUUUCGUUGUCCCUGUGACGUUGAUUGUUUUUCUUAUCUGCAUGCACACAUGAUCGCGUUGUCCCCAUUUCUUGGCUUCUUGGUUUCUUUCUGCGUGCACUUUCUCGACAUGUUCUGGGUUCAAGUUGUGUGUGCGUGUGCGUGUGUCUGCCUUGUCUUUUCCGCCUGUCUCGUUUGUCGUUUGUUGACGUCGCUUGGCUUGCGUUGCCUCGCAUACGUGUCUUGUCCUGUUGAUUCCUUGUUGGUUGUCCUUCAUUUUCGUUGGUUGUCCAAACCUCCCCUCAAGGGGAAGGCCAUCAAGCUCAUGCCAGUAAACAACUCAACGACACCUCGCACAGUGUCGUCAUGCUGCC